GGAGGGGCCUGUUGGAGAAGGGAAUGUCGCCACGGCUGUUAUCCAAAGAGGCCGAGCUAUUCGAGAAGGCGAACAUAGUGGAUGUCGGUAUGCAGCCCAAUGAAUUCAAAAAAUCUCCCUUGCUAAGGCAUCGAAGCCUUAGCCAGUCGAUGGAGUCCCUUUCGCUGGAUCACCUGGGGACUCAUCACCAUGAAGCUGGGUUUACCGGCAAUGCCUCUGCACAAGAUAACAGCGCUAAUGAAGAAGACGCGGAGAAGGCGAAUAGCAGUGAUGGUGAUGACGAGGAAGAGGAUGAAGAAUUGAACAUAGACGAGGUGGACGCUGUUAACCAUGCUGUGGAAGAAGGGCUUGUCGAUAAUAACCUCGUGGUUGACGAAGCUUACAGCCAUUCGCUUUCGGAAAGGGCGAACCAGUUCUUAUCGCACGAUUCUAGCAGUAUAAUGACUUUCCCUGAAGUUCCCAAACCUGUUGUUGACUAUGAACUGGACGAUGUGAUCGAUAUGAGAAGAGAACUAGACGACUGGUUCUCCGCAAUGGAGGUUGAUGAACUUUCGACACUCCCGCAGCGGUUUCAAGAGGCGUUCCCCAACAUUGACUUCAAUAGGCUUCCGAUAAACGAUCAGGAGGCACUGGUGGAACAGCUCAUAUCUGAACUGAACACAGAGGGUUGCGACGUGGCACUGCCAAACCUGGUGUAUAUCGCUUUUGGUGCACCAUCAGAAAUGAAGUUCACCUUUGAGGAUCAAGUCCAUAUUAUCAGGCACAACACGAUGUUCUUGGUGAGGUCUAAACUCAUUCAGAAGGUUAUACCGCUCUUGAAGACAACUUUCAAACUCGCAUUGAUAGCGGAUACAGGAUUGGUUAAGUUAUCGAAACGUAUAUUCAUGUCGUGUACUUUGCUUUACGUUGUUGUCUUGGUGUAUCUCGAUAACAACAGUGUUGAUGAUGAUGAAUCCGAGGAUUUGAAGAAGAUUAUUGACGAGGAAGAGUUGCUGAAAUUUCUCAUCCGAUGCACUGACGAUUGGAGAUGGAAUUCGAGGGCGUGUCUAAAGAUACGAAACAUCAUCACCUUAUUGUCAAAACUUUUACAAUUCCAAAUUGGUGGGUUUGAGAAGCGCAGAAAGGCCAAGGAGUUUAUAUGCGAGAGACUGAACAUCAAAAAGGAAGACGAUCCAAAUAAAUUGACUGGAUCUCCCGUGGAUUUCCACCUCUUUAGAGAGGAAAUUAUCGCCCGUUAUCCUGGAUACAUACCACCUGCUCAAUAUCCAGCUCCAAAUGUUGAUAAUCCCUCCUCACUUUCCCAGUUUCUCACCAUGCCACGGCCUAUUCAACCAACCAGAAAUCCGAAUAACGUUGAUACUUUCUCACAGCAGAUCCACAUCGCGACACCUGCACCAUCUCCUUCACCCCCAACAAGUCCUCUGAGUCGAUCCCUGAAGGGUAAGAAAAUAUUUCGAACAAAUGAGAGUUAUCCGUUCAUCUAUCCGGUGGAGGACGAUACGAAAAUGGUACCCGAUAGUAUUAAGGAGGCUUCAGAAUUGUUCGCCUCUAGAGUUCAAGAGAAACUGAGUCUCAAACAACUAUGGGCUGAGCGUGAUAUUUUUGUAAAACAGGAAAGAGGGUGGGUGGAUCCUGUGGUUGAUGAGAAUGUCGAUUUUGACUACUCCAGAUGGAAGAGCACGCAACAUCAGGAUCUAUUGGACUCUUUAAGUAGAGUUGAACAACUCUACAAAUCUUCAUUAAGCCACUUGGCCUCAAUGGUACAUGUUAUAAUCCAACUAGUUGUGAGUUCUCAAAACUCAAUGAACCUAUUGUUGGACAAGGAGGUUAGAGGUUCAGAUAUCGAUAUCUUGAGAACGAAGGAGAUCCUCUUGAAAAACGCAACCAGCAUUCUGCAUUUACUUCUGAGAUGGUUCAAGACAAACCACAUCUUACAAUUCGAAUAUCUUAGUGGCCUGAUCUACGACUUUAACUUCCUCUCCGUUGUGAUCCAGUACCUGAACACCAUGGAUACGAGGUUAUUGGAUAGAAUAAACCUCAUUGACGCAUAUGUGCCUACAAAUUCACUCUGGGUGGACAACCCAGCAGUUGAAACCAUCGAUAAAAACUUCUGUUGUUCAUUGGUCAAUCUGCUACAGAUUACUUCAAUGGUGUGCCAAAAGAAAACACAAAGGAUCCUCUCUAUUAGCGAGCUGAACCCUGCACCUGCGUUGAAGAAUAUCUUGUCAUUGUCCAAUCCGUCUCUUUGGUCACCUGUGCUGAAGAUUUCCAAACAGAUCACAUCCUUCAAUGGUAAAAAAUGGAAGGCUAAUAACAUGGAUCUAAUAUCCAUGGUGUAUAUACAUGGUAAGUUGGAUUUAAAAGACAACUGGCUCUCUGGCAGAGAUAUUGAUGCUGAAGUUGCAGACGCUUAUGGACAAGAGAUUGCCCUCAGAGCGUUGGUGCAGUUCUUUAAUUCGAGGAGAUAUGGUGAUACGAUGAAGGAGUUAGGAUACACCAGUAAGCGUGGUGACUUCUUCACAAGAGAAAUUGAGCUUAUUUCCAGUGAUCUCUGACUAUGGACUAAUCCAAUUCGACUAUUCAGUUUCUGGCCAUAACUCCUUUUUUUCAUAUUUAGAGCAAUAUUCAUACCAGACCAAGUAAUGCUAUAACCUCUAGGAAUCUCCAGUUGCUUAACCUUCAACAAGUAUCGUUGUUCUGAG